CGCAAUGAAUGUUGAAUGAAUGCAUGCAGCAUUUUUUGCGUGCAGAAUGCAAAAUGUACACAACUAACUUGUCAGCAUUGCUUCAACGGCAGUGCUGCGGUACGGUCGCCUUGUAAAAUUAACUAUGGAACCUAAAGAUCGCUGGAAAUUUUGUGUUAAACUAUGGAUAUUUCUGCUGCUUUUUGCUGGGGUUUCUGCACAGAUGAAUAUGUACAUGACGAAGACAGAGGUGGCAAGAGUUAUGGGAUGGGAGGCAGAGUUGUACUACAUAAGGGAUGAUUUGGUUCAGGAGGCGGCAACGAGGUACGACAUGGCGAUCAAGACAGAUAUCAAUUCAUUAUACUUCAACUGGAGGACACAGCGUCAGGUUUUUUACUCAAUGUCGCUGAAGUCUGAGAAUCUGUGGCUCAUGUCAAAUCCAGGAACUAAUAUCACACUGGACGGGGAGGUCCCAAGAACAGAGACAACGUUUGAAGUGACGUUACACUGUAACGGUAAGGAGACCAGUGAAGUUGGCUUCACCAUGCAGUUGAAUCUCACGCUAUUCUCAGCUAAGAAUAUCACAACGUUGAACUUCAGGAGGAGGAAAACUUGCAUUAUAGAUGAGAGCCAGAAGAUACUGCUGCAGACACCACUGGCUGAAGAUAAACCAGUCGAGGUUAUAUUUGCUGGAAAACAACCAACGAAGACAGUGACCUCAACGAGUAUGUUCUACAUAGCGGUUGGCGUGGUGUGUGGAGUCAUUCUACUCCUGGUCAUGCUGGUUGCAUUGGUUCAUGUGAGAUCCAUCAAGUCAGCCGAUCCAGCCAGUGAAACAUCCAGUAGUCGCUCGACGCACAAGACGGUGAUUAAGAAACCAUCUCCCAACUCUUACACCAAGGCAAAUGGUGUAAAUGGACAUGCUAAUGGCAGCGCUGGCAAGCCACAUAAUGGUUACAUCGGACUCCAUCAUCAGAUUUAUAAAACUAUCCCAGAGACACCAGACUAUACCGAGAAACUACACACAAUCACCAUAGAGAGGAGUCUGAUCACACUGGAAGACUUACUGCUAGAAGGGACCUUCGGUAGAGUGUACCAAGGCAAGCUCCUCACGACGAUCGAUGAUGAAGAAGAAACGGCAACGGAGAAAGAUGUCCUCAUUAAAACUGUCUCAGAUCAAGCGUCUGAGUCUCAGAAGAAGCUUCUAUUGAAGGAGAGUUGCUCGUUACACGGCCUGAGUCAUCGUAAUAUCUUGACCAUCAUGAAUGUCUGUAUGGAGACAAAACCGAUGACAGUCUUCGCUUUUAUGGACCUCGGAAAUCUCAAGCAGUUUCUGAGGAAUGGGAGGGUUGGGCCUGGGGAUACCCACCAGUCGAUAUCAACCAAAGACCUUGUGCAGCUAGCAAUACAAAUUAGCCAUGGUAUGAUGUACCUGGGAAAGAGGAAAGUAGUCCAUAAAGACCUUGCAACAAGAAAUUGUGUUAUUGAUGAGGACUAUAAUCUCAAGAUAACGGACAAUGCUUUAUCUCGCGAUAUAUUCCCAGGAGAUUAUCAUUGUCUCGGAGACAAUGAAAACCGACCCGUCAAAUGGAUGGCAAUAGAAAGUUUACUCGAUAAAAAAUUCACUGCAGCUAGCGAUGUGUGGGCGUUUGGUAUUCUCAUUUGGGAGUUGGUAACAUUAGGGCAGACCCCAUAUGCUGACCUGGACCCAUUUGAGAUGGCGUCGUAUCUCAAGAGUGGAUACAGAAUGCCGCAACCGCAGAACUGUCCAGAUGAACUGUUUUCAUUGAUGGCGUGUUGCUGGGCGUUGCUUCCCACGGAUCGACCAAAGUUCACGCAGCUCUGCGCAGCUUUAACAGACUUCCACAGAGCUCUUGGAAUUUACAUCUAAAGCAUCUCAAAAGUCAAGGAGUAUGUCAAAGGUCAACACUCAGUAGCUGGGGAUGAAGGUCAUCAACUUUACAUGCUGGAUAGUUUUUAAGAUGAUUGUAGGCUGAAUGAAUGGGUUUCAGAGUUUGAACAUCAGGGGCCAAUUUCAUCGAGCUGUUUUGCAGAAAGCAAAUAUUGUUGGGCCAAAUUUCAUAGAGCUAAUUAAGUACGAAAAAAGUAGCUAAGCAGAA